UUACGUGGGGAGAGUGAAGUUUAUCGAAUCAUGUGGUUGGCAGCUUACGUCAAUAAUCACAAGACUUCAUUCAACUUCGACAAAAUUUUAUUUUUGUGGGUGUAUCGUACACCAGUUCCCGAAGAAUCCAAGUUACAAUCAAUUAAGGAAUAAUGGCUACAACAAACUUAUCUACAACGGACCCUAAAAUCAAGGAUAUAAUAACAUCGCUAGAUGAUGACAAAAUUGACAUGCUAGCAGCAACUAGUGUUUUGCAGCACAAAGCGACGGAUAUCCGCAACCAAAAGGUUAACUGGCAAUCCUAUUAUCAGUCACGCAUGAUUUCCCAAGAAGAUUACAAUUUUAUUGUGGCUUUUGAUGUCAAUGAUAGUCAACAACGUGAGGCGUUACUGAAAGGAGACUCUAAGCAAGCUGCUCAGACGCUAUUGAAUUUAUUGGGACAUGUUUCUAAAGACCAAACAUUGCAGUAUAUCCUUGUAUUGGUGGAUGAUAUGUUACAGGAGGAUCGUAGCAGGGUGGAAAUUUUUCAUGAAUAUGCUAGGAUUCGAAAGGAAUCUGUUUGGGGUCCUUUUUUAAAUCUCCUCAAUAGACAAGAUGGUUUCAUAACAAACAUGACAUCCAGAAUUAUAGCAAAAAUUGCUUGCUGGUCACAAACCCCAAUGGAAAGGUCGGAUUUACACUUUUAUUUGACCUGGCUCAAAGAUCAAUUAAAAUCUCAGUACGACUCGCUCGCUGCUCAACAGCCAGAUAUGCUUAAGGGAGACACCACCGAACACUAUACGGAAAAUCGUUUCGACGAGCAGGCCAGCUCGUUCAACGAGAUAUCGAAUAAUGAGUACAUUCAGUCGGUGGCUAGGUGCCUGCAAAUGAUGCUCCGAAUAGAUGAGUAUCGUUUUGCAUUUGUAUCCGUAGACGGCAUAUCAACGUUGUUGACCGUCCUGUCCGGAAGAGUGAACUUUCAGGUUCAGUAUCAGUUGAUUUUCUGCCUGUGGGUGCUUACUUUUAAUUCCCUGCUGGCUGAGAAGAUGAAUAAGUUCAACGUCAUCCCAAUUUUGGCCGAUAUCUUGAGUGAUUCGGUUAAAGAGAAGGUAACCAGAAUUAUCUUAGCCGUGUUCAGAAAUUUAAUCGAGAAACCGGAAGAUCAGCAAGUAGCGAAAGAGCAUUGCAUCGCUAUGGUUCAGAGCAAGGUACUGAAGCAAUUGCAAAUUUUCGAACAGCGCAAAUUCGACGACGAAGAUAUAUCGGCCGACAUAGAGUUUCUAUCCGAGAAACUGCAGGCUUCCGUUCAAGAUCUAAGCUCCUUCGAUGAAUACGCGACCGAGGUGAAAUCGGGUCGGUUGGAAUGGUCACCGGUGCACAAGAGUAAAUUUUGGCGGGAGAACGCUCAACGCCUCAACGAAAAAAACUACGAACUUUUGCGUAUCCUUAUCCACUUGCUCGAAACCAGCAAGGACCCUCUGGUGCUCAGCGUGGCUAGUUUCGACAUCGGAGAGUAUGUUCGUCAUUAUCCCCGCGGAAAACACGUAAUCGAACAAUUGGGAGGCAAACAGCUGGUAAUGCAACUACUCGCCCACGAAGAUCCGAACGUUCGUUACGAGGCGCUUCUCGCCGUCCAAAAGUUGAUGGUCCACAAUUGGGAGUACUUGGGUCGCCAGUUGGAGCAAGAGGCGGGCGUAGAUAAAAAUGCCCCUAAGCCGGGAGCGCCAGUAGCCGGCAAAGCGUAAUUUAAGACAAGUGCUUAUUCCCAUUUGUAACUUCGCAAGAGCAGUAUUGUUUCUUUUGUAGAGGCCUGACCGGUACGAAAAUCCACGUACCAAAUUCAUGGCCGUAAUGUACAUAAGUGUACAGUUGUUCCACAUUCCUGGGUUAAACCUAUGAAGUAUUUAGUCGGUCUGCUUUAGAGUUCUUCACAACUAUUAUAUAUUGUAUAUAAAAAAAAUAUAAAUUUUGUUAAAUGUUACUGUUUGUGACGUUUUGUGUUAUUAAAUAGUUUAAAAUUU